UUAUGCUGCACUUGUUAUAUACAUGUGGCAGACAAUGUAUGGGGUAUAAAUUAGCCUGACCUGACUGGGUGUGUUUUACAAGCAAAGAAAACAAUGGCAAGAGUUUUGUUUCUCAGUUUUCUUACAACUGUUUCUGUCGAAGCUACAGUGGGCCAACACGCAGGGGGUAAAGUGUUUCGCCUGAAACCAGAAAACAAGCAGGACCUGCAGUUUCUGAAGAAUGUGUCCCACACUGGAAAGGUUGACUUUUGGCAUCCACAUUCAAUUGACCUGGUGACAACAAACUGGACCGUAGACUUCAGAGUGGGUGCUGAUUGGGCCUCGCAAGUCCAGGCUGGACUGGAGAAGAUUGGACUGAAAUAUGAUGUGUUGAUUGAGAAUGUGCAGAGCCUGAUGGAGAAACAGUUUGACCAAAAUGCAACAGACUCAACUGGCUAUAAUUAUGAAAGGUAUCACCAGUGGAAUGAGAUUGAAUCCUGGAUCACUAAAGUCACCAUUAAAAACCCGAGACUAAUUUCUCGGUUUGAAAUUGGACAGAGCUAUGAGGAACGAGGAAUCUACGUCCUCAGGGUCGGCAAAAGGACAAGGUUCAUGAAACCUGCCAUCUUUAUGGACUGUGGGAUCCAUGCCAGGGAGUGGAUCUCCCCUGCAUUUUGCCAGUGGUUCGUGAAAGAGGCUGUUACAAAUUAUGGAAUUGAUUCUACAAUGACUGCUCUUCUGGAUAAACUAGAUUUCCUCAUUGUUCCUGUUAUCAAUGUAGAUGGUUAUGUCUAUAGCUGGACCAAGGAUCGAUUCUGGAGGAAAACACGCUCCAGGAAUUCUGGUUCUAACUGUGUGGGCACGGAUCCAAAUCGAAACUUCGAUGCUAGAUGGUGCACUAUUGGUGCCUCAAGGAACCCUUGUGAUGAGACUUACUGUGGGUCACAUGCAGAAUCUGAGAUGGAAGUCAAGGCUGUUGCUAACUUCAUCCGUCAAUACCGUGGCAUCAAAGCUUAUAUCACGAUCCACUCAUACUCUCAGAUGUGCCUUUUCCCCUACUCCUACACCUAUUCAUUGGCAUCCAACUACAAGGAGCUGAAUGCUCUGGCAAGAAAUGCUGUCAAGGUCUUGAGCAGUCUUCAUGGAACUCAAUAUGAAUAUGGCCCUGCAUCAAUUGUAAUAUAUCCAUCUGCUGGUGGUUCCGAUGACUGGGCCUAUGAUCUGGGUAUUAAGUAUUCUUUCACCUUUGAACUCCGAGACACUGGCAGAUAUGGUUUCCUGUUGCCUGAAUCUCAAAUCAAGCCAACAUGUGAAGAAACCAUGUUGGCAAUCAAUUAUAUUGCUGCUUAUGUUCUCAACCAUCCCUAUUAAUCUACCGUGUACAAAAACAGUAUUUGAUGAUCACCAGAAAAUCUAUGUAAGUUAAUUUAAAGUUUAGAAUGUAUGGCUAAAUGUUUGUGCGCCACAAGAACAGAGAGUUUAGGUAUUUCAAAAUUAACUAAUCAUGUUCCUAAACAAAAACAGAAAUUGCUGGAAAAGCUCAGCAGGUCAGUGGAGAGAAAUUAGAGUCAAUGUUGCACGUCCAGUGACCCUCCCUCAGGCCUGAUGGUAGCUCGAAAAACAUCAGUUUGUAUGCAGAAGAGGGGGUGUGAGGAGGGGCUAAGGACUAAAAGAUAGGUGGGGGGUGGAGUCCCAAGAGAAAGAAGAACAGUUGGGCAGACAAAGGAGUAGAAAAUGAUCCAGCUAGGAGGGUCAAUAGCUAUUAAUGGGGACAGUAAGUGGCUAACAAUGGGCGUGUGUAAUAGCAGGCUAUGUGAUAACAAGACCGGGUGUGUGGGGUCUGAAUGAAGGACUUGGGAGAGUUCAAGCCCAAAAGUUACUGAAAUCUGAGUCCAGGAGUUUGCAAAGUUUCCAAGUGGGAAAUGAGGUGCUGUUCUUUCAGCUUGUACUGAGCUUCAAAGGAGCAAGCCUGAGACAGAGAUAUUGGCCAGGGAAUAGGAUGAUGAGUGAAAAUGGCAGGCAACAGGUAGCUCAGGGUCUUUUUCUGUUCCUCGUCAUGUUUCUUGUCUGUUGUAAAUCAGAAAUUAUAGUUACUCUUGCCUGGUUUUUUUUCUCAGACUAUCUGUCCAAAUCUAUUUCUGUCUUCCUUUCUCUUCUUCUGCUGUUUUUCUCCAAAGAAACAUACAGGUAAUACAAAGUUCUUUCCUUUUCCCAGCUCAAUAUUUUAAUUUAAAUUUGACCAAUCUCUUCAAUAAUUUCUUCUGUCCGUGUUUCAGUUUCUAUUCUGUUCUGCUUCCACAUAAGUUUUUAACCUUAAUUCUGUCCUCUGAGUUAGGAUGAGAAGGUAAUGAUGAAGAAAAGAGUUACCAGUCGCAACAGUUUAUCUGAGGACUGCUGGAAAACUGUCACCCUCCAAGAGACCUUUCUCUAUUCUGUCAUUUUUCCCCCCAUUCCUACAUGCUUCAGUUGUACAAGGCCUUAGUGACAGCACAUCUGGAGUACUGUGCAUGACAGUGGUCAUCAUACUUAGGGAAGGAUGUUAAUGUAUUGGGAGCAGAUCAGAGAAGAUUUACUAGACUAACACCUGGAAAGAACAGAUUGUCUUAUGACGAGAGGCUGGAGAGGCUAAGCCUGUAUGGUCUGGAGCUUAGAAGAGUCAGAGAUGUCUUAAUUGAAACAUAGGAGAUCCUGAGUGGUCCCUACUAGGUGGAUGUGGAAAAGAUAUUACUCUUGCAGAGGAAUCCAUAACUCGUUGCCUACUUAAAAAUUAGAUGAGGAACCAUUUUCGCUUCUCUCAGACGGUUGUGAAUCUUUAAGAUUCCCUUCCCCAAAAGGCAGUGAAUACAGAAGCUUUAAACAUUUUUAAGGCAGAGAUAGAUAGAUCCUUGAUGAACUAAGGGGAUGAAAGAUGAAUCAGGGAAAUGCAAGAAUGUGGAGUGGAGGGUAUAAUCAGUUUGUCCGUGAUUUCAUUGAAUGGCAGGGCAAGCUUGAAGGGCUGAAUGGCCUAACAGCUCCUUGUUCAUGUGAUUGUAUUAGUUACUUCAACUGCAUCUCCAAUUUUUCAAUCUCCACUAACCCUUCACUCCUAUCACUGUUCCUAACUCUUCACCAUGAAACCCUGUCCACUUUGUCUAUUUUCUGCUCACCUCACUUUCACCAUUAUUCAACCUGUCUUCCAACCAUAACACUGGGUAAUGUGAGAUUCAACACUUCCACCCUUCAUUUCCAGUCUCCUUUCUUAGCCAUUUACUUGUCUCCGAGGUUAACGUCCCUUUCAAAUUUAUUUUUUAAAAUAAAAGAUCAAACUGUAGAGUAGAAAGACAUGUGACUUAGAUUUCUCUAUCUAUAUAAAUGAGUACAAAAUUCAACUUCAGCAACACUUGGAAUAUUGUGUUCAGUUCUGGUCACCUCAUUACAGGAAAGAUGUAGAAGCUUUAGAGAGGGUGUAGAGGAGAUUUACCAGGAUGCUGUCUGGACUGGAGGGCAGGCCUUAUGAGGAAAGGUUGAGGGAGCUAGGGCUUUUUUCAUUGGAGCAAAGAAGGAUGAGAGGUGACUUGAUAGAGGUUUACAAGAUGAUGAAACGCACAGAUAGGGUGGAUAGUCAGAGUCUUUUUCCCAGGGCAGAAAUGACUAUUAAGAGGGGGCAUAAUUUUAAGGCGAUUGGAGGAAGGUAUAGCAGAGAUGUCAGAGGGAGGUUCUUUACACAGAGAGUGGUGGGCUUGUGGAAUGUGCUGCUGGCAGUGGUGGUGGAGUCAGACACUUUAGAGAUUUUUAAGCGACUCUUGGAGAGGCACAUGGAGGAUAGUAAAAUGUAGGGAAUGCAGGCUAGAUUGAUCUUAGUAGGACAAUAGAUUGGCACAACAUCAUGGCCUGAAAGAGCUGUACUGUGCUAUACUGUUCUAUGUUCUAUGUUCCAAAGGAGAAAAAUGACUGUACUGUAGUAAAUGAAAGCUCAUGGGGAACAAGAUAAUGAAAUGUG